UUCUCCUAGAAUUGUUUUAAACAACCAUUAAUUGAUUAUCCACGAAAGUCUCUGUCCGAAGACUUGUUGAGUGAAAAACCCAACUUCCAUGAAACUGCAAACACAUUUUCCACCCAAUUCCAAACGAACGCGUUUCUGAACAAUGAAUAUAGUCUCCAACUCUCAACUCUCAACAAUAGCAUACUUGUCUUUCUCUUUUAUGUUGAAUAUCCUUUUCUUCUGUUCCGUAUGGAUCGCGUUCUCCAAGCAGUAGUCUGGGUGUUCCGGUGUCGAAAACCCAAGAAAACCCCACAAGCCCAAAAACCCGUGUCCACAACAAAAACCGGGCUAUCCUCCAUCACUGUCGUCGAUCAGAUCGCUUCCUUCGACCCCAACCUCGAAUUCUCCAUGACUGAGCUGAGGGUGGCUACCAAAGACUUCUCCCCAGAGUUUAUCAUCGGCGGUGGCAGCUUCGGAACCGUCUACAAGGCCCAGCUCUCCAACGGCGUCACCGUGGCCUUCAAGAGACUCAACCCAGACGCUUUCAAAGGCUUUAGGGAGUUUUGGACGGAGAUGGUGACACUGGGUAUGCUACACCACCCAAAUAUCGUUAAGAUUUUGGGCUAUUGCAUGACCAGCUCCGAUAGGCUCCUUAUAUGCGAGUAUUUUCAGAAUGGCAGUUUGGACCAGUGCUUGCACUUGGAGCAGAAGCAGGAUGUGGCCGCGUUAUCUUGGGGGACCCGGAUUCAGAUUAUCAAGGGUGUGGCUAAUGGCCUCUCUUUUUUGCAUAGUUUGGACAAGCCCAUUGCUCAUCAGAAUAUUAAGUCCCGCAAUGUGUUCUUGGACUCCGAUUUUCAGGCCCAUAUUACUGAUUUCGGUCUAGCAAGGGGGGUUGACAACUCCACUUCUUAUGCGUCCACACAAUCUGCGGAUACAAUGGGUUACUGUUACAUGCCACCUGAGUACAAGGAAGGCCUCACUUCAGCUACACUCGAGGCUGAUGUUUACAGUUUUGGGAUUUUAAUGUUCGAGAUUGCUACUGGAAAGCGCCCCAAUUUGCCAACCCUUUUGGACGGGAAAGAGGUUGGGAUAGUCGAAUGGGCCAGAAAAAUGCUGGCCCAAAAACAGCAUAUGGAAAUGGUGGAUACCAGUAGUUUGAGGGAGGAUGGCCUAAUAGAGGCCCAUGUGAAGCAGUAUUUUGAAAUUGCAGCAAACUGUACUGGUGAGACACGAAGAGAAAGGCCAACUAUGGCUAUGGUUUUUCAAUGGCUAAAUCCAAUUCCUACGUGAAUUUGUAUUGCAUUUUCUAGAUUUUUUGGCUGCAGCAGGCAAGACCGCACAAUGCUGCAGCCACUCCAGCUGGAGGGCAUACUGGGUAUACUGCUACCACGGGUGUUCGUGGGACGACAACUAGGGCACACCAU